AUGAUCAUCAACCUUCCUAUCCAAUCAAUUAAGCGGAUCCACGAAUACAAGCGCCAGCUACUCAAUGUUUUGCAUGUCAUCACUUUGUACAACAGAAUUAAGGAAGGCAAAGGAGGCCCUGUCUGUCCACGCACAGUGAUGAUUGGUGGCAAGGCGGCUCCGGGCUAUCAUAUGGCUAAACGCGUGAUUAAGCUUAUUAACAACGUGGCCAGUGUAAUCAAUGAGGAUCCUGAAGUGAACAAAAAGCUACAGGUAUAUCUAAUAUUCCUGAUAAAUUACCGAGUCAGCCAGGCUGAGAAAAUUUUCCCCGCCUCUGAUCUUUCAGAACAGAUUUCAUUAUCUGGCACCGAGGCUUCAGGAACUGGUAAUAUGAAAUUUAUGGUAAGAAAUCUAGGUUGUCAUGUAAACUUUCAAAAUCACUUGAUUUCGAGUCUCAAGCUAAAAUUGCUUAUGCGGUUAUUAAUAUUUUUUAACUUGACUUAG